UGCAACCGCGGCAUUGCCGCGCGCGUAUUCAGUAGUCGUUUAACCGUAAAGCCGGCGUGUCGUGCCUGCAUAAAACCGUCACACCGUCAUUCCGGUAUUUUCCACAAAACCCGCCAAAAAAGUGCGUUAUCAUCUUUAGAGCGCGAGUGCUCUAAAAUGCCGCUUUAACCCCGCGAAAUUUGAGGUUAUGUUGGCACCUAGUGAGUACUGUGCCAGUUUUAUUGACGAUACCGCCAUGCAGACCAACUGGUACCCCCCCACAAGGGGUACCAACAACAAUUUUGUCAUGGAUCCUAGGUAUGACCAGGUUUUAUCAUUUAAUAGUAACAAUAGGCACCUAAGGAACCAGGCGGAAAAACAAAGAAGAGACAGAUUAAAUUCUUAUAUCGGCGAAUUGGCAUCUUUGGUUCCGAUGGUAGCUCGAAGUACCAAACGUAUGGAUAAGACCAGUAUACUUAGGAUCGCAGCCGCGUAUCUGAGAAUUUAUCAGACUUUACUGAAUAACAAGGGCCAACCGCAUAUGGACUUACCCAAGCACGUGGACCAGUUUCUGCUGGACCAGCUGGUCUGCGAUCAACUGGGCGGCUUCCUUUUGAUCCUCACCUCGUCGGGAAAGGUGGUUUUUAUAUCCCACACGGUGGAAAACUUGCUGGCCCACCUGCAGACCGACCUGAUGGGCCAGUCUCUGUUCAACAUCACGGCUCCCGAGGACCACGACCGGCUGAGGACCUAUCUGCGGUCCGAGGGGGUGGUAGAGGCAGAGUGGAGGAAAUACUUCAAGAUCAAGUUGAAGAGGGCCGGGCCCCGCAGCGAGUCCCCCGUAUACGAGACCGUCAAGAUGAUGGGCAUGCACAGGUCGCAGAUAAACAACCAUUGCGGGAGUCCCAGCAGCAGUCCAGGGUCCAGUAGGGACCUGACGUCGCCCACUUCGUCCACGGGCUCAAACACCAACGACGUGUUGGUUUUUUUCGUGCGGAUCUGCCGUCCCGAGCCGCUCCUAGAGAUGCUCAUAGAGGCGUCAAAGGACGAAUAUGUGACCAGGCAUCUCAUAGACGGCAGGAUAAUCAGCUGCGAUCAGCGGAUCUCGCUGGUUGCCGGUUACAUGAUAGACGAGGUCUCGGGCAUGUCGGCCUUCAAGUACAUGCACAAGGACGACGUGCGCUGGGUGAUGAUCGCGUUGAGACAAAUGUACGAUAGGGGGGAAAGCAGGGGCUCGUCCUGCUACAGACUGAUAUCCAGAAACGGUCAGUUCAUCUACCUGAGAACCUUCGGCUUCUUGGAGAUCGACGACCAAGGCACUGUGGAGAGUUUCGUUUGCGUGAACGUGCAGGUGAACGAGAUCGAAGGCCUGCAGCUCAUAGACCAGAUGAAGAAGAAAUUUUCCGCCAUAAUUGCACACAACAACGCGGACACGCCGCCCCGCGAGUCGGACGACCGCACCGAAGACCCGCAGCAAGUUGACGAGGCGGUGGCGCAUCUGAUGCACAACCUGCCCUUGCCCUGCUCCGACCCGCGCCUCCCCAAAAAUAACUGCGCCGGCCCGUCUUCUAACGGCCGCAAGCCGUCGCUGGCGUCGCAGCUGCCGCAGCCGGUGGCCGAACCUUCGGCCAAGAGGCCGCACGCGCGGAAGACGGCGGCGCACCAGGUGGCGAGGUACAAGACGGCCAAGAGGGCGCUGGUGCAGACCGACGUGGACGCUAACUUGAACAACAAACGACUGAAAUCGCCUUCAUCGCCGCAAACGACCUUGACGGCCAACACGAAGUGCUACAAUAACGCGAGGGUGCAAAUCACCGAGUUGCCGCACACCGAGCCAAUUUAAUGCGCAUCGAAAUGUGCAUAAGACUCAUCACUGUAACAGUUGUGGAUGUUACUACACGUAAAAGGGGCGGAUACGGGAAGUGAAUACCCAGUGAAUAUAUAAAUAAAUGUUAUAUAUACAUAGUGUAAUAUAAAAGAGAGACUGACUUAGGCCAUACUUAAUUAUGAACUAGAAUUAUAAUUCAUCAGAUGCCUGUUUUUAUUCAUAUUUUUAGCAUUGAAAAUAUUAAAAUCGAGUUUAUAUACAUACAUACAUACAUACAUGGGUGAUUGGUGAAUAUUAAUUCUUAAUUAUUCAUACAACAACCUGAUUAGUUUUUAAGGAAGAAAUUGUUUUAUUUCUAAGAUGUAUAUACAUUUUUGCAUAUUAUUAUUAAUAUAUUAUAGUGACUGUGAUUUAUGUGUAUGUUUUAUAUAUUAAGUACAAAUUUAAAUCAUCCAUUUUACUCUUAUAACGCAAAUGCAACCGAGUUUUUUUAUUAGGGAAAUUAAAUUUUAGACUAAACAUGUCAAGCAAAUACACACUUUUUGUGUUGAAUUUACGAAAUUUAUACGGAGUUAAACAUUUUAAUACGAAAAUUAACAUGUGUAGAAAGCUUGUCCAUUGACUGAAAAUUCCCUAAAUUAAAUAUUUUUGCCCCAAAUUAACUAUUUUUGUUUAUUAUUUUUUUAAUUUGGCGUUAUGAGAUGACCUAGUGAAAAUCUAAAUUAUUUUUUUUUGUUUUUCGAUUAUUGGCGAAACCGACACAUUUGGACAAAAAAUAAUAAUUUAGUGUUCACUACAUGAGUUAUUUUUAUAUUAAUUUGGGGUUUUGUUGAUUUUUUUACUGAAAUUUUAGCCUAGGUCCAUUGGUAAUAAUUAUUGCAACUGAAAAAAUAUAAGACUGGUAUUCUUAUUUCAUUGAUUAUUUUGUUGUUUUAUUUUUUGUUCCAAAAAGAUUGCAUUUGCUUUAUAAAAAUUAUAUGUCAACCAAUAUCAUAUUACAUGUUUUUGUUUUGUAUAAUGAGAUUUGAUCAUUAUUUUAUUAUCAGAAAAAUACAAGGUUUUGUUGUUUAUCCUCAAUAAAUAAUUACUAAGUAAAUACACAUUUUUUAAAUGUUAUAUACAGCAUGGAUUAUAUAAACUAAUACCAAACGGUAAACAACAGUAUUUAUUAAUUGAAAACCUAAUUAUUUAAUUUCAAAUAAAAGUAAUAGAGAAUGGA